UCGUCUUGUGCAUAGACAGACUGCGCAUAGACGCCAGCGCCGCCAUCUUGAAACGGUGCAAGCGGAGGCAGCGGCGCAUACAUAGACAUCUACGAAGACAAGAGCAUAGUUAUUUAAAGAUGCCGGACUUCUGUUCAGCUUAUGGAUGCUCUAAUGAGCGCUGUAAGGAAACAAGAGCUCGUGGGAUUACUUUUCACAGGUUUCCCAAAGACAGCAGUUUAAGGAGACAAUGGGAGCUGGCAGUGAGACGGAAAGGUUUUGUGCCAACUAAGAGGUCCGUGCUCUGCAGUGAGCACUUCAAGGCAGAGGACUUUGACAGGACGGGGCAAAUUGUCCGUCUGAGGGAGGGAGUCAAACCAUCUGUCUUUAACUUCCCAUCUUAUUUACAAAAGAAAGUACGAUCAAGGAAAACAAAAACUUCGCAGAAAGCAGAAGAGAGCCUGCCAGUGGACUUGCCUCAGCAUUCCUGUAAAGCUGAACCUCUUUCUAAUGUUGACCACAAUUAUGCCUUACCUGCUUCUCCCACUCUUCUCAAGGCCAGACUUAAUGAAGCUCUGGCUAGAGUGGAAAGUCUGGAGCGUGAGAAGAGAAACAGCAUGCUCCGGGAGCGAAGGGUGAAGAAAAAUGUUCGUGCUCUUCUCAAGGAUCUUCGGGAAAAAAACAUCAUAAAUGAAGAGCUUAAAGACAGGCUUGAAUACUACUCAGAUCUUCGGUUAGACCUCUUGGCAAUGAAGGGCCAUGAGUACACCAGAGAGCAGAGGGAGUUUGCCCUCACGCUACACCUUCAUGGCCCAAAGGCAUAUAAUUUCCUGAGAGAGUCUCAGCAUCUUCCUCUCCCACAUCCCCAUACGUUGCAACGGUGGCUGACUUCAGUUGAUGCCAAGCCUGGCCUCAAUAAGACAACGGUGGACAUGCUGGGAAGAAGAUGUGAGAAAGACCAGACCAAAGAUCAUCACACUGAGACAUCAGAGUGGCAGCACAAGGAACAAACUGUGCAAAACAGUUCUCUUCUAGGGGUACUAGGUCAAUGAAAUGCUUGUAAAUACUCUUGUACAUAGUUUUCUGGGAGGAUUGUUUAUGUUCUUGUUCCUUGAAUAUUUCAGUUCUUUGGCUAACAAUGCUAAUGAUGAUGAUAGUGAUAUAAUAGUAAUAGUAGUAGUAAUAAUAACGAUAAAAAUAAUAGUAAUAAUAGCAGUAAUAAUAGUAAUAAUAAUAAUUGAUAUAAUAGUAAUAGUAGUAGUGAUAAUGAUAAUAGCAAUAAUAGUAGUAAUAAUAAUAAUUCCAGUAACUGUAAUAUAAAAAUAAUAAUCAUACAAUAUUAUAGGAAUAUAAUGAUAAUUAUAUGAAUAGCAAUAACAGUAAUACAGUAGUAAUACAAUAAUACCAAAAUAAUAAUUGUACUCCAAUGCAAUGUAAAGCUGUAAAUGUAAAGUCAAUAAAAACCUGAGCACAUCUGAA